AUGCGCCGCUGUCUAGAAACUCCGGGCAAGCUCAUGGACGCGUUGAAGUGCAGCUCAACGCUCGUCUCGGAAUUGCGAACCAGCAGUCUCGGCCCCAAGCAGUACUAUGAGCUCUACAUGUCCGUCUUCGAUGCGCUACGGCACCUCUCAGUCUACCUGCGCGAAUCGCAUCCUGUCAACCACCUCGCCGACCUAUACGAGCUGGUGCAGUAUGCGGGAAACAUUGUGCCCCGUCUGUACCUCAUGAUCACAGUGGGUACGKUGUACAUGGGCAUUGAGGAUGCGCCGGUCAAGGAGAUCAUGAAGGAUAUGAUGGAGAUGAGUCGCGGGGUGCAGCAUCCCGUGCGAGGGUUGUUCCUGCGAUACUACCUCAGCGGACAGGCUCGCGACUCGCUACCUGCCGGGACGGGAGACGGGCCAGAGGGGAAUAUUCAAGACAGCAUCAGCUUCAUCCUGACCAACUUUGUGGAAAUGAAUAAGCUUUGGGUGCGAUUGCAGCAUCAAGGUCACUCAAGAGAGCGGGAGCAGCGCACAAAGGAACGGCAGGAGCUGCAAUUGUUGGUGGGCAGUAAUCUCGUGCGGUUGAGCCAGCUUGUGGAUCUGGAAAGCUACAAAAAUGUCAUACUGGAGCCACUAUUGGAGCAGGUCGUGCAAUGUCGAGACGUGCUGGCGCAGGAAUACCUGCUGGAAGUCAUUACCCAGGUGUUCCCGGACGAGUUCCACUUGCAUACACUGGAUCAAUUGCUGGCUGCGACGGCGCGACUCAACCCGCAUGUGAAUGUCAAGGCGAUUGUGAUUGGACUUAUGGAUCGGCUGUCAGCAUUUGCCGCGAGAGAGUCCGAGAGCCAAACGCCAGAGGAUCGUCAAAAGCUGGAAGAGGAGUCCGUAGCUGCGCUGCUGGAGAAGCUCAGUGUUUCCAAGGAAGCUGCAGAGAAGCAGCCGGAAUCAACAGCAAAAGAACCUGCAGAGCCCACAAAUGGAGAGAACGAGGUUGGAACGGAAGAUGCAGCGUCAGUCGCGCCCAUUGAGGAAACAUCGGGCGAAGACUCAGCUGCCACUCCUCCCACACAAACGAAUGGAGACGAGGAGAAGCACAAAGGUAUUCCUGCGAAUAUUAAGCUCUUUGAGAUAUUCUACGAGCAGGUCAUACAUUUGGUGACAGUACAGCGACUUCCAAUCCAGGACAUUACUGCGUUGUUGGUCUCUCUGGUCAAUCUGGCCCUCAACAUCUAUCCCGAGCGAUUGGACUAUGUCGACCAGGUUUUGCAUUACGCCACCAAAGAAGUGGCACGAUACACCAAUGCUCCAGACCUUCAUUCUCAGGCGUCCCAGUCGAGUCUUCUCAGCCUUCUCCUUGGACCUGUCAAGACAUACUGCUCACUUUUCACUGCCCUGGCGUUACCAAACUUUGUGCCUUUGUUCCAGCAACAGCCCUACCCAACGCGAAGAUCUGUGGCCGGAGAAGUUGCGCGCAGUUUACUGCGUAAUGAAACCAAAAUCAAAACUGCCGCUCAUCUUGAAGGUGUUCUGCAGAUAUUGUCAGUCCUGAUCAACGAGGGUAUGCAGCAACCUGCGGGUCCAGCGCGCAGAGGCGCUGUGGAGACCGAUGAAACGGUUGAGGAGCAAGGCUGGCUCGCCCGUAUCGUGCAUCUCGUCAAGGGCGCGGACAACGUCACCCAAUUCCAGCUCCUCCAAAAGACGAAGAUUGCAUUCCAAGAGGGCAACGAGCGCACGAAAUACACCACACCAGCCUUGGUAACCCAAUCUCUCAAGCUUGCGCGGUCUUUCAAGCGAAGAGAACAUCUCUCGAGCGACGACUAUGCGGUCCUAUCCUCAGCAGUCUACAAGUUCAUGCACAGCACCCUGUCAUCGCUUUAUACCCGGGUCUCAGCAGCGGGCGUUCCGGAUCUGGUACUCAGGCUGUUUGUCUCCUGCGGUCAAGUCGCCAGCCAAUGCGAGAACGAGGACGUCGCAUAUGAGUUUUUCGCACAAGCUUUUACCGUGUACGAGGAGUCGAUCUCCGAUUCUAGGUCUCAAUUCCAGGCUAUCUGUAUCAUUGCCGGCGCACUAUCCGGAUGUUCAGAAAGGUUUGGCAGGGAGAAUUACGAUACUCUGAUCACGAAAGCAGCGCUGCAUGGUAGUAAACUUCUCAAAAAGCCCGACCAGUGUCGUGCAGUAUACCUUGCCAGUCAUCUGUGGUGGACAGCGGAGAAGGGCGAGAAGCAAGAAGAAGGCAAAGAGCCCUAUCGCGACGGUAAACGAGUACUCGAAUGUUUACAACGCGCCCUCCGCGUCGCCGACGCCUGCAUGGACACGGCUGUAUCUGUCGAACUAUUCGUGGAGAUCCUAAAUCGCUACGUCUACUACUUUGACCAGGAAAACGACGCUGUCACGACCAAAUAUCUGAACGGGCUAAUCGAGCUUAUACAUUCCAACCUUAGCACGACAGAGAACGUCAGCGGACUGGAUCAGCCGAGGAAACACUUUCAGCGCACUCUGGAUUAUAUCGCCAGUCGCGAGUAUGAGGGUGUGGAGACGAGAUCGAAAUAG